AGUGCUUGUUUGCAAGGUCUAAAGUUUGUUCUUUUGCUCUUGUUUUUCUUUCAUAGCAUUCCCGAAAAGAAGCCUCCCCCAGCGGCUGUCGAUCCCGAGUCCGAGGAGCCUCCUCCAGAAGAGAAGCCGGAGGAGGAAGAAGGAGAAGGCCCCGAAUACGCAGUGGACAACUUCCUCUCGGACAGUGCGUUUUUCGAGGCGAUCGGAUCCGGGCUGGGCCGAGCGGAAAACUACCAAAUUGUUUUGACGAUGCGGCAGCUGGGAGGCACCAAGAUCGUCUCGAAAAUGAAGUUCUUUGGCAAGUUCUUCGGCAUCAACAGCAAUUAUUUCGUGUUUGAGACGACGAGCGAACCAGCGGCAGAGCCAGAAGGUGGUGGCGAGGAAGGAGAAGAGGGUGCUAAGAAGGGGCCGUGGGGAAGGCCAGUGGAAACCAUUCCAGUGGAAGCAGGCAUUGGACCAAACGCAAAUACGUACUGGGUUUGCAGCCGGCCAGGCGACGAACUCUACAGGCUUCCAGACGUGACACCACUCCAGAUCAAAACCGCGAGGCAGAUAAAGAAGUUUUUCACCGGAAACUUGAAGGCUGAAGUUUCGGCAUAUCCACCGUUUCCUGGAGUCGAAGAGAAUUAUUUGCGCGCACAGAUUGCACGGAUAUCAGCCACUUGCGAGAUUGCUCCCAAAGGUUUUUACAAGGCUCCAGAAGAAGGUGAAGAAGGUGGCGAAGGAGGGCCACUGGAGCCCGACGAGGAGUAUCAACCUCUUGCCACGGCCGAGCUCCAGUCGCUAGAAAACUGGGUACACAAGAACAAGUACCUCAACUUACAAGGCCGGACAACACUCUUCGUCCCGGAAAAGGAAGAGGGGGAGGAGGCCGAGGAAGAAGAAGGCGAGGAGAAGGAAGAGCAGCCACCGAGCCCCGAGGAGCUGGAAGAGAUCCCGGGAGCUCUCACCUCCAUCGACACAGACAAAGAUCUCCCGCAGCAAGGCUGGAAGCCGUGGUCUCUCAUCACCAGCUCGACGCACAAGAGCCUCAAACACCAAGUUCUCGGUUUGAGGUCGGCAAUCUGGCCGGGUGCCUGUACCGUGGUCACUCCAGCCGGGUUUAGCAGCGUCUACAUCGGCUGGGGGAUGAAACACACGCCUUUCGUGGCACCGCUACCGCCUCCAGUGUUGAAAGAGUUUGAGGGGCUCACGCCGGAGAGCUUGGAGCUCCCGCCCAUACCAAAGCCGCCAGAGCCCGAGGCUGGAGAAGGCGAGGAAGGUGGCGAAGGCGAAGAAGAAUAAUAAUUUCUCUAAGCAAGCAUUCCAA